AUGGAUUCUAAUCCAUAUAACAAACACAACUCAACUUUUGUUCACCUUCUUAACAGUCAACAAGAGGUUGUGUUUGGUGUUGGAGAAGAUUCAAACUUUGCUGACACUCCUUCAGAGCGUAUCCAACGAAGGACAUGGACUCCUACAGAUGACGUUGUGCUGAUAAGCUCCUGGUUAAAUACAAGUAAAGAUUCUGUCGUCGGCAACGAGCAAAGAUCAGGUGCAUUCUGGAAAAGAAUUGCAGCCUAUUUUGCUGCCAGUCCGAAGAUCGCGCCUACUGAACACAGGGAAGCCAGUCAGUGUAAGCAACGGUGGCACAAGAUCAAUGAUCUUGUUGGGAAGUUUUGUGGCGCGUAUGAAGCUGCUGCCAGAGAGAGAAGCAGUGGGCAAAACGAGAACGAUGUUCUGAAGCUAGCUCACGAGAUAUUCUUCAACAACCACACCAAAAAAUUCACCUUAGAACAUGCAUGGAAAGAGCUUAGGAACGAUCAGAAAUGGUGUGAACUGUCCAGUUCUAAAACCGAUAGAAGUUCCAAAAAGAGGAAGUGCGACGACGGUUCACAAUCAGUAACUUCUCACGCCUCUGCUUCUGGUGAACCUGAAGAAGCUACCACUCGGCCCCCUGGUGUUAAGGCAGCAAAGGGGUAUGGUAAGCAGGAGAAGGCAGAGGGCAAGACAGUGGCGGGGUUUGAGAGUAUGUGGAGAAUCAGGAAGGAGGAUAUGGCCAUGAAAGAAAGGCUGUCAAAGGAUUUCCCGGGAUGA